AUGCCUCCCGGCCCUCCCCCACCCUUGAAGCCGCCCACUUCAAUCGUCAAUCAACAUCCACAGCACGCUCAUGCACAGUCCAGUGGAUCCAACAUCAGUCCUGCGCAAGAUAAUGCAUGCAGGCCAUCCACCUCGAGCGGCCCGGCGCCUAGACGGCCUUUGCCUCGAACACCGUUACAACCAGCGCUGCCCACUCGCACAGACACAACCGCGACUACAAGCUCAACCCAACAUUCAUCUUCUAUGACAGAUUCGUAUCAUGGUACUCCCUCACCAAACAUGUCGCCCCCGCCUCCGUUCAGUCUAUCUCCUGCCCAAUCGUUUGUGAUACCCGAUAAUGAUAUGCCCUCCACUCCAUCCACAAUUUCAUCUGGCUCUCGAAGUCGGCAUACCCACAAUUCCUUCGCAUCCGCCCGUUCCCAAGGUUCUACCAACAGUCGCCUGUCCGCAAUAUCUUUUGAUCCAUCACAUCCGCCGUAUUGGGCUAUGAUUCCUGAAAACGGAGGCCUCACACAACACUCGACCUUGACUCCGGAGAUGCUAGCAUCAGCAGCUCAGCAGACUCAUACUACUGUUAACAUCCAUGCAGCUCUCGGUCAUACAGUGGCAAGCAGAUACAUUGAUCUUCACCUAGCCAAAGGAUCUGGGUCCACCGUUCCUUCCUAUGGCCGGGGCGAGGUAGUAGAAGGCCGUGUCGACUUGAAGACGUUGGACCACAUUGCGAGCAUCGACCUUACCCUCCAAGGCACUCUGAGUGUGACCUACUUCGCCCAAGGCGUGGCCUAUAAUCACGCCGAGCAAUCCCUUUUCUCAACGAAACGGACAAUUUACGAACGUUCCGACGGAAAACCAACCCAUACACAUCAUUUCAGCUUCUUCUUCCCGGAAACUUGUGAGGGUAAACAGACGCCCCUACCGCCGACCUGGUCAUUGAACUGCCCAGGGGUAAGCGCCGAGGUUGUCUAUACACUCCGAGUCGACUUGAGACGCAGUGGAUUUAUGCGUCAGGAUGACAAAGCUCUAGCCAAAGUCGAGUACUAUCCUAGAAACGCGCCACCUUCCCCAACCUCACCAGAUGGAGCACAACCAAAGAAAAAACGCUGGUUGGCACUAGAGAUUAAUACAAAUCUGCGGCCAAUGGGGAAUCUUGCUGUGGAACGGCCAUUAGUGCCGACGAUAUUCAAUACACGAAUCUGUAUCUUGCGCCCAAAGAUAUAUGCCUCUGGAUCCGAUGUGCCCUACAUGAUACACCUCUGGUCGCCCGUAAACACCACCGUGCAGGGAUCCUUGGACAUUCAGGUAACCCUCGUGAAAUCCUCAGAAGUAUUCUUGAAGGGGGAAAGAUUCGAAAAGAAGUCUGUCAUCGCCAAAGCAGUAAACGCUCAGCGCAGGUUCGUCCAGGGUUCCUCCGCCGAGAACCAAAGCACCCGACGCCCAGGGACUGGGGACCGUGACACCAGAGGAGGCACCCUUACAAUUGAAGGCACAAUCAGGGCAGGCAAAACAGGCGAGGAGAUGAGUUGGAGCGUCGACGGGAUUGUUUCAAUCAAAUAUGCUCUGCGAUUCGUCGUCGCUCCAGCGGCCAAGGUAGCGGACUUUCCUGGCCUCCGAGAAAUCCUUCCCACCUUCGAGCAUUCAGAGGAUAUUACCUUGACCACGCACGAUACCAAUGCUCUGCGGUCUCUGGAGCAUGCAUCUAUGCCUGCCGUUGGACUCGGACAUCAACGAACGCGAUCCCACACAUUGGCUACAACUAUCAGCAAUCUCAGCCCUCAGGACUCACCCAUUGCGGACGAGCUUGGUGUGGGAAGUUACAACAGCCAACGCAGCGCGGGUGUCAUAUGA